AUGGUGCUGAGCUGGCUUUCGCUCUCGCUCGUUGCGCCGUACAUGAAGAACGACUGCCUUUUGCCCAACUAUUACGCGAGCAAUGCGUCGCACUUGCUCACGCAUAGCUUCGACAUGGAGCUGGCGUUUGCUUCGCAGACGGCGAGCGGCUGGACCACCGGCCCUCGUCGCCGUGCACGCUUUGCCCGCACCGGCCUUGCAACCACGCACCAAGGUUUUCGCGAUCUCCAGCUCACGCGCAAGUCGAUUGUCGCGUCGGCGCUGCUCGCUGGCGAGGCCUUGCACCUCGUUCGCACGGUGCUGCAGUCGUACUACUACCACAAGAUUACAGCGGCCGCCAAUGGUCUCCACUGCUAG